AUGGCCAUCUCCACUGGCAUGUCUUUGAUCCUGCUACCGCUGCUGCUCCUGGGUCGGCCUGGAACUGGGGCCGAGGCAGAGACUUUAGGUGAGGCUGUGGUGUGUGCUGGGGAUGCCUGUUAUACAGCUUACUGGGGCAAGCUGAGUGCGGAUGAGGCCCAGCUCAACUGCAGUGCUAAUGGAGGCAACCUGGCCACAGUGAGAAAUGCAGAGGAGGCACGGUACAUCCAGGAGGUCCUAGUCCAGCUUCUGCAGCCGGAGGUACAGCUAACUGCGCGCAUGGGCAAGUUCUGGAUUGGGUUGCAGCGCGAGAAGAGCAAGUGCCUGGAUCCCAGCCUGCCCCUGAAGGGCUUCAGCUGGAUUGGUGGUGGCGGGGGGAACACACACUACUCUAACUGGCACAAAGAGCUCAAGAACACGUGCGUCUCCAAGCGAUGUGUCUCCCUGAUGCUUGACCUGUCCUUGCCACACCUCACCAACCAGCUCCCCAAGUGGUCUGAGGGCCCCUGCGGAAGCCAUGGCUCCCCAGGAAGCAACAUCGAGGGCUUCGUCUGCAAGUUCAGUUUCAAAGGCAUGUGCCAGCCCUUAGCCCUGGGAGGUCCAGGCCAGGUUACCUACACCACUCCCUUCCGGGCCACCAGCUCCUCCCUGGAGGCCGUGCCCUUUGCCUCAGUGGCCUCCGUGGUGUGUGACGAUAUGGAUACACAGAAGAGUCAUUAUUUUCUGUGCAAGGAGAAAGGUGCUGAUGUGUUCAACUGGGGCACCUCGGGUCCCCUCUGUGUCAGCUCCAAGCUGGGCUGUAGCUUCAACAAUGGAGGCUGCCAACAGGACUGCUUCGAGGGGGGUGAUGGUUCCUUCCGCUGUGGCUGCCGGCCGGGGUUCCGGCUGCUGGACGACCUGGUGACCUGUACCUCCCGAAACCCCUGCAGCUCCAACCCCUGCAAAGGGGUGGCCACAUGCGAGCCCGGGUCUCUGGGAGAAAGUUAUAAAUGCCGCUGCCCACUAGGUUACCAGUUGGACCUGAGUGAGCUGGACUGUAGUGAUGUGGAUGAGUGCCAGGCCUCACCUUGUGCCCAGGAGUGCAUCAACACCCUUGGGAGCUUCCACUGUGUCUGCUGGGUGGGCUAUGAGCCUGAGGAGGGGACCUGUCGGGACUUGGAUGAGUGUGCCCCAGACCGAAACCCCUGCGCACAGGCCUGCACCAACACCGAUGGCUCCUUCCACUGCUCCUGCGAGAAGGGCUACGUAUUGGCUGGAGAGGAUGGCACCCAGUGCCAGGAUGUGGAUGAGUGCACAGGCCCAGAGGCCAGUCCUUGUGAAGGCCUGUGCUUCAAUAUCCCAGGCUCCUUCCACUGCGGAUGCCUACCAGGCUGGGAGCUGUCCCCCGAUGGUGUAUCCUGUACCCUCAAUCAUACAUCCUCUGGAUCAAGGUCAAGGGGGCCUGCACUGCAGGAAGAAGACCAUGGGACCACUGCCCCAUCUACAAUAACAUCCAAUCCCCCCAAGAGCCCUGAGGCCAUCUAUGAAGAGGCAGCCAUCACAGAGAGACCCUUUCUACAUUCCAACACCCUUAUCACCCAUGCUCCAACCAAGGCCCUGACCUCCAGUGGGCCCCCUGACAUCAGGGUGGAGUCCAGCACCAGCCACCCCACCGCCACUGGCCAUGCAGAGGAUUCUGUGGCCAAGCAAAUGGAAGACACCAACGAUGGACAGAAGCUGCUUCUAUUCUACAUCCUGGGCACUGUGGUGGCCAUCUUACUCCUUCUGGCUUUAGCCCUAGUGCUACUAGUCUAUCGCAAGCGGAAAGCAAAAAAGGCUCUGAAAAAGGAGAAAAAAAACCCCAAUGCAGCUGACAGUUACUCUUGGGUUCCUGAGCGAGGAGAGUGCAGGGCCGUGGAGAAUCAAUACAGUCCAACGCCUGGGACAGACUGUUGA